CUUGUUAAGGAGCUAAAGGAUGAUAGUAUCAAUCAAGAAUUGUCAUUCCCCACCCAGUCACCUGAAGAUGGUUAUACUCAUCUCUAUAAAGAAAUCAUUAAAGCUGAAACUCAAAAUGAUUCUGCUAGUCAAAGGGUUUUACUUUGUUACUUUCAAUUCGGAAAGAAGAUAUACGAGCGCCUGGACUAUUAUAAGAAUGAAAAAAAGUAUCAUGAUUGCAUGGCCCAGAGUAAG